UGUUAUUCCGGCUCCGAGAGAGGAAGUAGCGACAGGCUAGCUGGUUAGCCGGUCUGAAACCACACAGUCUGUAAGGAGGGACUGGACUUUUGAGUCCGUUUCAUCCCAGAAACGACCAUUUCGUUAUUUAAGAUUUGAGAAGGCUACGAUUUAUUUUUUAAAUCUCUCCCUCGGUGUUUUUUUUUUCCCUUUCCGCUCUGGUUCGAAACCUUCAAACUGACUCAACUCUGAGCUUUGUCUGUGGCUGUGACUCCAGCGCUGGUAGCCCUGUUUGAUACACACCAGGCUUAUUUCCAUUAAAAGGAGGAAAACAAAGAAACAUCUGCGAAGCUGCGACGUGAAACCGUUUUUUUUUUUUUUUUUUUUGAAGUUUUCUCGCCAAUUGGCUGAAUCGCUGGGAAGGCAGAUGAGGAUUACACCGGGACAAUGAGAAAAUUAGCUGGCAAAGGUGCUGUGUGGUGAGAUCGAAGCAGUGGGUGCGGCAUGCUGAGGCCACUCCCCCUGGCCCAGGAUGAGUGUCAGAGAUGGCGCUGCCACCAUGGCAACGAAUGCAGGUGGAGGAGGAGGGGGAGGCGGGCUAGUUAGCCCCAACGAUCAUGAUGGCCGCUCAUACAUGCUCCAGAUCUAUCCACGCUUGGCUGCCCAGUCCUCCACCUGCUGCAGCCUUAGAGUGCAGAAGGAUGCAACAGCAGCCUCUGUGAUCUCGGAUGCUGCUACGGCACUGGGGCUGGACCCUGGCCGUCUGUAUGUGCUGGCAGAGGUGAAGGAAUGUGGUGGGGAAGAGUGGGUACUGGAAGCCGGAGACUUGCCAGUUCAAAGGUUUCUGCUGUGGCCUCGGAAAGCCCAGGAGCAACAUCCUCAGAGUCUUGGUUUUUACUUCUUGCUACAGGAGAGGAAUCAUGAUGGCUCUAUCCAUUAUGUCCACCUCCCACCCUUGUCAAAGGAACAAGAGGCACAACGGCUGGCUGCAAGGGGCUUCCUCCCCCCUCCCCAAGAUGACUUUGCAGACCUCUGCAACCUCCCUGGCCUCAGUGAGGACAGCAUAUUAAACAACUUGCGCACACGCUUUUACAAGAAGAAGAUCUACACCUAUGCAGGGAGCAUCCUUAUUGCCAUCAACCCGUUCAAGUUCCUGUCCAUCUACAACCCUAAAUAUGUCAAGAUGUACGAGAACCACCAGCUGGGCAAACUGGAGCCUCAUAUUUUUGCUAUUGCAGACGUGGCCUACUAUGCUAUGCUCAGGAAGAAGGUCAACCAGUGCAUCGUCAUCUCUGGAGAGAGUGGUUCUGGCAAAACCCAGAGUACCAACUUCCUGAUCCACUGCCUGACUGCACUUAGCCAGAAGGGCUAUGCCAGUGGGGUGGAGAGGACCAUUUUGGGAGCUGGACCUGUCCUGGAGGCCUUCGGGAACGCCAAGACAGCCCACAACAACAACUCCAGCCGCUUUGGAAAAUUCAUCCAGGUUAAUUAUCUGGAGAGUGGAGUGGUCAGAGGGGCUGUGGUGGAGAAGUACCUCCUGGAGAAGUCUCGCCUGGUGUCCAGAGAGCACAACGAGAGGAACUACCAUGUAUUUUACUACCUGCUGGUGGGGGCCUCACAGGAAGAAAGGAAGGAGUUUAAAUUGCUGCCACCUGAAGAAUACUUCUACCUCAAGCAGCAAAAUUUUAAGAUAGAAGAUGGGGAAGACUUGCAUCAUGAAUUUGAAAGGUUGCAGCAGGCCAUGGAAAUGGUGGGAUUCCUUCCUGCAACCAAGAAACAGAUCUUUUCUGUGCUUUCUGCCAUCUUGUAUCUGGGCAACGUGACCUACAGGAAGAAGUCAACAGGCAGAGAUGAGGGGCUGGAUGUUGGACCACCAGAAGUCCUGGCCACACUCUCCGACCUUCUUAAGGUUAAAGAGGAGCUGCUGGUCGAGGCACUGACCAAGAGGAAGACCGUGACAGUCAAUGACAAGCUGAUCCUCCCCUACAGCCACUCUGAGGCGAUCACAGCCAGAGACUCCAUGGCUAAAUCUCUGUACAGCGCCUUGUUUGACUGGAUUGUCCUGCGCAUCAAUCACGCUCUGCUCAACAAGAAAGACAUGGAGGAAUCUGUACCAUGCUUGUCUAUUGGUGUCCUGGAUAUUUUUGGCUUUGAGGACUUUGAGACCAACAGCUUCGAGCAGUUCUGCAUAAACUAUGCAAACGAGCAGCUGCAGUAUUACUUCAACAACCACAUCUUCAAUCUGGAACAGGAGGAGUACCAAGCAGAGGGAAUCACCUGGCACAACAUUGACUACACAGACAAUGUGGGCUGCAUUCAUCUCAUCAGCAAGAAACCCACUGGCCUGCUCUACCUGCUGGAUGAGGAGAGCAACUUUCCACAUGCCACAGAUGAGACAUUAUUAGCCAAAUUCAAGCAGCAGCACCAGGGGAACAAAUACUUUGUCCCAACACCAGUCAUGGAGCCCGCCUUUGUCAUUCGGCACUUUGCUGGGAAAGUCAAGUAUCAAAUCAAGGAUUUCCGAGAGAAGAACACAGACCACAUGCGGCCAGACAUUGUGGCACUGUUGCGGAGCAGCGAUCGAGCCUAUGUGCGGCAGCUCAUUGGCAUGGACCCGGUGGCUAUGUUUCGAUGGGGCAUCCUGCGAGCUACAAUCAGGGGCAUAGCAGCUUUUAACGAGGCUGGCCGCGCCUGGGCAGCUAAAACUUCAGGUGUUGUCCGUCCAAUUUCCAGAACCCCUUUAGGAGAACUUCAGCGGUCUAAUGCCCCAAUUGAAAGAAUGUACAAACGAGCUUCUAUGCUCGAUUUCUACUUUGAUCACUCAGAGGAGCGCCCUCUAGAGGCCUUUGAAGACAUCUUUACUAGCUAUGAAAAUAAGAAAGACAUGCAUGCGGAGAUCAUCAGCUCCAUUAAGAACUUGCAGCUGGAUGGUGAAGACCCUCGCAAGCUGCUACAGUCCUGGGGUCGCCUCCGCUUCCCACGACACGUCCUUCAGAAAAACAAGAGCACCAAACAGAAGCAGGUCAUACCCAAGCAGAGUUUGCUAGAUUCUCGAUCACUAAAGUUCAUUGUGAGUCUGACACUGCAAGAUCGCACUACCAAGUCUCUGAUGCACCUGCACAAAAAGAAGAAACCACCUAGCAUCAGUGCCCAGUUCCAGACGUCUCUGACCAAACUCUUGGAGACUCUGAACAGAGCAGAGCCUUUCUUCAUUCGAUGCAUUCGCUCCAAUGCUGAGAAGAAAGAGAUGUAUCUGGACGAAGCCUUGGUGGUUCAACAGCUGCGAUAUACAGGAAUGCUGGAAACUGUUCGCAUCAGGAGGUCAGGCUAUGGAGCCAAGUAUACAUUCCAGGAGUUUAUAGAGCAUUUCAGAGUUUUGCUGCCAAAGAAUGCCGCUGUCUCUAAAGACGACAUCUCAGUGUUACUUGAGAAGAAGAUGGGCCUGGACCCAACUACUUACCAAAUAGGCAAAACUAAGGUGUUCUUGAAAGAGCUGGAGCGACAGCAGCUGCAGGAUGUGCUGCACAAAGACGUGAUGCGUAAGAUCAUCUUCCUUCAGCGCUGGUUCAGAGCUCACCUGCAAAGGAAAGAGUUUCUAGAUAUGAAACGAGCAGCUAUUUUGAUCCAGUGGUCAUGGCGAAGGUACUGCAAAGAGGAGCGAAGGCAACGGGCAGCCUCUGUCAUCCAGGCAGUGUGGAGGGGACACGCACAGAGAUUAGAGUACCACAGACAAAGACAGGGUGCUACAAAAAUACAAGCCCUAGUCAGAGGACACUCAGCACGCCGAAGGUGCCAGUCCAUCCGUGAGGAGAAACAAAAAAGAGAAGAAGCUCGGAAGAAGGCAGAAGAAGAGGAAAGGAGGAAGAGGGAAGAGGAGGAGGAGGAAAGAAGAAAAGCAGCAGAAGAGGAAGAAAAAAGGAGAAUGGAAGAAGAAGAAGCAAGGAGGAGGGCAGAAGAGGAGGAAGCAAGGAAGAAAGCAGAGGAGGAGGAGGCAGCCAGGAAAGUGCAAGAAGCACAGAAAAAGAGAGAGGAAGAGGAGGAAAGACUGGCGAGGGAGCCUCAAACAAGAGAGGAUCCAGAUAUAGAGCUGGUCACAGAGGAGAUGCUGGAUAAAGACCUCCCUAUUGAGGAGACUGAGGAGGAGAGAGGAGUGGUUAACGCACACUUGCAUACAGAGGAGGAACAGGACAAGAACGAGGAGCCAGAGCAUGAGGAUUUGAAUUUGGAAACUAAUGGUACCCCAGCUGAGGCUGGACCUCAGCUGGACGAGAAUGAAGAGGAGGAGGAUUUGGAGGACCAAACACUAGGACAGUCAGAUUCACAGCCUGGCCUGCCCUCUGACAGUGUCCCCUCCAACGCACUUAAAUCCACAUCACCAGCUCAGGGGCCAGAUAAAGAGCCCAGCACUACCUCCACACCUUCCAGUGCUGAACAGAGACCUUCAGCUAUUAGCAGGGGCCAGUCAUCCAGGAGUCAGGAGAAGAGAGAGCAGAGGAGGCGAAGAGGGCUGGAGCACAACCAGAGAGUGACUGACCGAGCCGCCUCUUCAACCAUUAACAAGGAACAAACAUCCCCACCAAAGAGCAAAAACCAGGAGACACCUAAGCUAAAAGAACGGUCAGACAGCAAGGAGCUGGACCAGUACACCUUUGUGGCAUGGAAAAUGAAGGAAGACAAGGGAGGGAAGAAGGAGGCAAAAAGCUCUUCUCCUGCUGCUCCUAUCCGUCCAUCUACAUUAUCCCUGCAACCUGCCGACUCUGUACCUGAGAGAAAUGGCCUAGGCGAAAGUGCUGGAGUGGUGAAUCUGCAUCGCCGGCCUGGAGCCAUAAAGGAGAAGCCAGAGAAGUGGAAGGGGAGGAGGAGUGACGGAGAUCUUUCUGAGAGCGCCAGCCCUCCAUCGCAGCACCGAGAAGAAAGGAUGAAAAAGCCAUCUCUAGUUGAAGCAGGCUCCUCAUCGAUUGAUAGUUUGUCUCCGGGCUCUGAAGGGGCUGGUGCUGUUUCAUCCAGAGAGCAGAUGCUUUCCUCAUCAGACAGUCAUGGUGAUGGCUCAAAGGGAAGCUCAUUAAGAAGGAGGCAGCAAGAGGCUUCUGGUCACCAGGACUCAGCGCACUCCAUCGCGUCCACACCAGACAGGUCAGUUGGUUUCUUCAGCAAGAUUUUGAAAAAACGACCCCACAAAGAGGCCCACACUCCAGACAAUGGAGAGCUGACAUUUGCUCAGAUGAUCAGUGAGAAGUCAGCAGCAGGAGAAGCCCCGACAUCUGGACACCCGUCGCGGCCUCAGCCCCACGCUGCCGGUAAAGGUUUAAGCAGAAACCCCACCAUUAAGAUCAGUCGAGCCACGCGGGUCUCUGAGCAGUGGAAUGCCUCGCUGGACAGAGAAAUUGCCAACGCCAAUGAGCUGCGGCACCUUGAUGAGUUUCUUGGCAAUCAGGUGAAUGAUUUCCGCUCCAGGGGAAAGUCACUGUCAGCCACAGAAGCCAUCUUUGUCACAGCAACCAUGCAGUUCAGAGAGACAAUUAAAGACAUGUAUUCUCUCUCAAAACCCACCAUUGGCUACAAAGAUCUAAUGACAAGCUACCAGAACAAAGUGAUCCACCUGGCCAGCAACAAACAGAAAGAAGAAGUCCAACUAGUGGUCAACCUGUUCCAGUCAGUGCUGGACGGCUUCAUCAGAGGAGAGAUGAAAAAGGAGGAGGCUGAACCUGCAAAGCCUGCAAAAGCUAGAAAGAAAAGGAGAAAAAAAGAUAAAAGCAUGGAGAGCCCCCUGGAUCACAUUUUCGUCAACUAUCAGGUCAGCAUUAUGCAGUCCUGUGACCAGUGUAGCUCUUACAUCUGGGGAAUGGAGAAAGCCUACAUGUGCAGCUAUUGUAAAAUGGUGUGCCACAAGAAGUGCAUCUGCAAGAUAGUCACAGACUGCUCCACCUUCUGUGCCAAAAAGAGUGACGAAGAGUUCACGGGACAACACUUUGGCGUGCGUGUGUGUCACUUGGUCAACGAUAAGAACCCAGUGCCCAUGGUGCUGGAGAUGAUGCUGGAGCACGUGGAGAUACACGGCCUCUAUACGGAGGGCAUCUACCGCAAGUCUGGGUCUGCAAACCGCAUGAAAGAACUGCACCAGCGACUAGAGACAGACCCCCACCUUGUCUGCCUUGAAGACUACCCCACCCACACAGUGACAGGCCUGGUGAAGCAGUGGCUGAGGGAGCUGCCAGACCCACUCAUGACCUUUACACAUUACAGUGACUUUCUGCAUGCAGUGGAACUUCCUGAGAAGCAGGAGCAGCUUCAAGCCAUUUACAAAGUGUUGGAGGAGCUUCCUACAGCAAACUUCAACACCUUGGAGAGGCUUGUCUUCCAUCUAGUCAGAGUGUGUAAGGAGGAGGCUCAUAACCGCAUGUCUCCGAACUCGCUGGCCAUUGUGUUUGCACCGUGUAUCCUGCGCUGCCCAGACAGUGCAGACCCGCUGCUCAGCAUGAAAGAUGUUGCCAAGACAACCACGUGUGUGGAGAUGCUCCUCAAUGAGCAGAUCAGACGCUACAAUGAGAAGAUGGAGGAGAUUGAGCAGCUAGAGUACGCUGAGGCUCUGGCAGUUAACCAGCUCAAACUCAAGAGACAAAACACGCACUUCUGGCAUUUGCCUCUCAGGUUCUCAGCUCCUUACAAAGGAGUGGUGAUGCAUGAGAAGGGCAGUUCUGAUCUCAGCGUUGUCCCUGAGAACGAGCCUCUGGACUCAGACACAGAGGCUGAGAAGAACCUGGUGGAACGCAUCAAAUCCAUCAAACAGGAGAAAGAGGAUCUGGCCUGUCGACUGCCCGAGAUGGAGCAGCCUGGUUCAGACCAGGAGAACUUGGACUCUGAAGCCUCACUAAGCUCGGAGAGUCUUUUGGACGAGCAGCAGCGCUCCUCCGCCCACAGCUCAGAUCCUGAAGGACGAAGUGGCCUUCAGCUGAGAAGACACAGGCCAGUUUGUCUUACCAAACCACCAGACCUGGCCCAGCGACAUAAAGUCCCCAGUGGACGGCCGUUUCUUCAAAACCUCACCCCUACUAGCUCCACUUCCUCCCUGUCUAGCUGUGCUUCUUCAACCUCUGUAUCCUCCAACAACUCCUUCAGACAUCUGCUGCAACGCCGCAACCCCAUCAUCCCAGACACAGUAAAACUCCCCCCAGGUGUCUUUUCCCAGUCCGCAGGCCCAAGUCAGACUCAUACUCCUCAUGGAGCUAAGUUCUUGGUCAGGAGGAGAGACCAGCCUGGCCGCCGUAAAGACAGCACCCAAUCCCUGUACAUCGACAGCCCCGACUGUGACCUGUUGUUGCAUUUUUCCUCCUGCCCUCCCUCCGCUUCGUCCUCAUCCUCAUCCCUCUCUGUAGUUACACCCUCCCCUCAGCUCCAGCACCACGAGACUGAAGCCUCAAAGGGCCAGAGACGGUUCUCUGACCCGGACAUACCCUACAUGGACGAUGAUGUCUGACCAGAACAUAAAGUGCGUAACCGAAAGGAAACAAAUAUAUAGACACACAGAGAGCCAGGAGAGAAGGAGAAUCGCAACGGAGGAAUGGAAAUGAGAGAACACGAUGAGAUGUGCAGACCCUGCAGUGUCUCUGCAAAGUGACACAAAUGGAGGUUGUUGUUGUCAUACAGAUAAUAGUCUUGCAUUGUCCUAAAUAACUGGACAAUAUUUUGCCAAGCACCUUUUCUAUCAUUAUAAUAUAUUGUGGUUACUGUCGAUGAAUUCAGUUGGAUUGGAGGCUGUAUUUUUUUGGAGCCUCAUAAUAAUUUUUCUUUUUUAUUUUAUUUGUGCUCAAGAAAAUAUUGCAGGAUCCAGUCGCACUUUUCAUCUCUUGGUUCUCUUAAGGAGCAAAACAUGCUCACUGAAAUGAUAGCUAGUGCCUUGACAUUGUACAUAUUUGACAAAGGAACUCAUUUCUCAUGUCGUAAUGGAGGAACGGUGCUCAUAGAAGGGGGGUUGAGGGCGUAUUUUGGAUAGUGAGGGGAACUUUGUCUCAGACUUUUACAUUAAAUGUACUGAAUUGGCACAAGACGUGUUUGGAAAAAAAAAACACCUAAACAUGCAUAUUGUGACUGUUGCGCAAAGGACAGUUGUCUCAGUUUACCUUUACCUUUUAGCUGCCACACAACAAAUGCCACAUAGGAAUUCAUUGCUGUCACACAGCAAAGGGAAAUGGGAGCAGCACACGCCACUUUCUCCACGAAAACGACGUAAACACAAAGCCCACCUGAUGCCAUGCCACGAUGUCUUUAAAGCUCCUUGAACUUUCACUUCUUCUAAAAUGAACUUGGCUUCAGUCAGCUGUCCCAUGAAGAGCAAGUUCUGCUGAAGAACAGCUCUGGUCAACUUUGUAUGAAAUGUAAUACUAAUGUUCUCUCUCUGACUGCUGUUGAAUGAUGAUUGUUUGUUUGGAUUAUGAGGAAGGUGUGUAAUGUGUAACAGAGAGUGUAUGUCUGGGACUGAAUGACAUGAACUGUAAUGGUUAUUAGUAUUAACAUGAAAAUACAGUACAUGAUACUUGUUCGCUGCUGUGUGUUUCCAUCAGGUACAGUCAAAAAGUUUUGAUUUAGGACGCAGUUGAUGGUGAUAAAGACAAAGUUAUUAAAGGAGUAAUGUGCUUGAAUGAUCA